GGCGGGACUGCUGGUAGCCCAGCUUUGAAGUUCUGAACUGGAAAGUGUGAAAAAAAGGGAAGAUAAAGAAGCCCAGCCUGGAGAAUGAGUGGAAAACGUAGAAAAAGAAGUGUAAAUGCGGGCGUAAAGUUAAAAAAAGGAAAAUCAACAAGUUUGUCUUCAGCAUCGUGUGAAUGCCUUGCCGCCACUUGUGCAUUUCAUCAGGAGCACAAAACUUGUUGCGUAGCAUGCAAGUAAGUACUAUUGCCUUGUUGUUGCUUCCACAGGCAACAAGGGCAGCAACACAGGGGGGCGCGCCCCCAGCCAAGGCAAAUGGCGAUGUGGUUAGGUCUAACGAAGAACCGGUGGACGGCCAACAUCCAGCGGCAUUGGGGAGCUCAUUAGGAACGAUGGAUGUUGCUUCAGGAAGUCAGAGGCUGGGAAGCGGAGGCACGCAAACAGAACAAAGGAAUGGGAGGGAGGGACAUGGAGGUGGUGGAUCCUCCACCAGAUUGGCAGAGAGGGAGGUGGGUAGAAGUGGCUGAGCAGAGGUGAGGAUUACAGGUAUCGUGUCUCGCUUACUUAUCUGUUUCUCCCGUUUCUCCUUCAUUGAUGGAUGCACCACAGUGGCUAGCUGGGGGGUACUCACGUGCUCAACUCCUGUGUCUGUGAAUAUUGCUGAUGAACCUCUGUCUGUAAAUAUCAGUCACUCAGGAAUGCCGCAAAAUCUUUGUCCAUCUGCUGGUCCUUGAGUGUCCCCUCUAGUCCCCCCACGACCUUCAACAGGCGUCAUUACCUCCUCCUCUGGUCCUUCAGGCCUUGUGAAAGGGGACGGCAUGAAAGAGGUCCUUAUGGGCCCCUCAGCUCAAAAUCAAUGGUUCUGGUGUAAGUUCGUAGACGGUUAGCGACAGACUAAGUACUACUGAAGAGUAUCAAUGGAAUGAUGGGAAUUAUGGGAGUGCGUGUUUCGGCUGUCGGAGCUAAGAAAUGCUGCGAGCGACGAGCGUGUAUGUAAAGGUGAGGGUCAUGCUAUAUUCGUGUUAUACAGGGAAGCUGUCUCCAGGGGAGCAGUGGCUGAGGCUCUUCCAGCCAUAAUGGGAAGAGGUGUGCGUACAAGUAUUGUAAUCAAUUUCAUAAUUGGAGCCUUGGGCACUGGGCCCUUAAAAAAAAAAAAAAAAAAAGGUGAGGGUCAUCCUAACGGGGAACCCCACGAGAAGUUGAUGGCGGUGUCACAAAGUGAUCACUCGAAACUUUUGCGGAUUCCAUUCCAGCCAUCUUUGCAGACAAAGUGCUCCGCUUCCCUCGCACAGGAGGUUGCCGUGUGUCGUCAGGUUAAAGCUUCGGAUGGUUGAUGAAUCAUCAACCGUUGAUGGAUCAUCAGCCAUCUCAAGAUGACGUGAUCGGACCGAAGGAGUGCAUGCAAUGGCCCUAGUAAUGGGUGGUUGGGAGAGGGUGUGGUGACCUGACCAACAGUGCGGAGGGGUUUGCGCAACUUGGCGGACUAAGUCGUCCGCGACUUGCAAUUUUCGAUUUGCCGUUCACCGGUCUCGUUCUUGUUCUCCUUUGUGCAAGUUCUUCGCAACUGGUCACUUUGCAGAUGUCGGAGGCAGUUGGUGGAACAAAUACCGCGCUGUCAGUGGUGUGGGAAAUCGGCCAAUCUCAAUCGGUCACUCUGCAGAUGCUGGAGGUGGUUGGUGGAAGAAACAUUGCCUAGUCUCACCAGCGAAACAUUUUCUCUCAUAAUCUCGUUCAUCUGGAGCCUGGGCGCAAGAGAAGAGGAUCUUUUUUUUUUUUCUCCUUCUUUUUUCUUCUUCUUUUUUUUUCUUCUUUUUUUUGUUUCAGCCCACGGUAUUCGUUGGUAAAAGGCGUAAGAAAUUACUAAGAAUAGUAAUUACGCCUCUUGAGCAUUCGUUGGUAAAAGGCGUAAGAAAUUACUAAGAAUAGUNGUAAGAAAUUACUAAGAAUAGUAAUUACGCCUCUUGAGCAUUCGUUGGUAAAAGGCGUAAGAAAUUACUAAGAAUAGUAAUUACGCCUCUUGAGCCUGGGCGCAAGAGCAAGAGGAUCUUCUUGUCUUUCUGUUAUGGUUUGUGUGCCUUUUGAAUGCCAGCUGGAAAGAUACCCCAAAUACAGCGAUAAUGAAUGUCCAUUGCAUUC